AUGUCGGACCCGCGGGCUUACACCAUCGGCUGGAUCUGUGCGCUCACCACCGAGUCGGUCGCCGCACGAGCCUUCCUCGACGAAGAGCACGACCCACCUAACCACGUUUCCCAGCACGACAACAACAGCUACGUCCUCGGCAAGAUCGGCUGUCAUCACGUCGUUAUUGCUGUCCUGCCAGAUGGGGAGUAUGGCACAACUUCCGCGGCGGCAGUAGCACGGGAUAUGCUUCACAGCUUUCCGAAUGUGCGCAUCGGGCUGAUGGUGGGCAUCGGGGGCGGCGUGCCUAGCUUGACGCAUGACAUCCGGCUCGGUGAUGUGGUGGUCAGUAGUCGCGAUGGCGGCAAGGGCGGCGUGUUCCAAUACGACUUUGGCAAGACAAUUCAGAACCAAUCAUUUAAAGAAACGGGGUUCUUGGACCAGCCCCCGAUGGUGCUACGAACAGCCGUCAGCACUCUCAAGGGCACAUACGAGUUGAGGGGCCACCAGCUUGUGGACAAGGUAGAUAAGGCCUUGGAAGGCAUCAAGAAACGAAAGAAGUACAGGCGGCCUGCGCCAACAACCGACAGAUUGUACAAAUCCGAUGUUGUUCACCCAGCUACAACAACUAGCGGUUGCGAUAUCGUGUGCGAUGCAACAUACCUCGUGCAUCGUGCCGCAAGGGAUGAAGAGGAAGACGACCCCGCCAUCCACUACGGUCUGAUUGCCAGCGGAAACCAACUGAUGAAGGAUGCUCAUAUCCGGGACAUGUUAGCCGCCGAGAAAGGCAUCCUCUGCUUCGAGAUGGAGGCAGCCGGCCUGAUGAACCACUUCCCAUGUCUCGUGAUCCGUGGGAUCUGCGACUACUCGGACUCGCAUAAGAACAAAGAGUGGCAAGGAUUUGCAGCUAUGAUGGCAGCAGCGUAUGCGAAGGACCUUCUGCGGCAGAUACCACCUAAUAAGGUCGACGCAGAGACGCCACUUGCCGAGGCUCUUAGUGAUAUUGACCAUAAACUUGGUGCUGUCCGCAAGACCGUAGUUGCAACAAAAGCCGCAGCUGAGUCUAUUCAAUCUGGCCUUCAUACUGAGGAGAUGAGACGUUGGCUUCAUCCCCCAGAUCCAUCUACAAACCUUAAUUACGCAAGGAAGCUCCGCCACGAAGGCACAGGCGCAUGGUUCCUGAAAACCCCGAUCUUCCAAUCGUGGGAAGGAGGAUCGCACCGACAUCUGUGGCUGCAUGGGCUUGCCGGGUGUGGCAAGACGGUUCUCAGUGCGACGGUUCUAGACCAUCUAAUGGAGGGAAACUACAGCCUUAUCCUCAGUUUCUUCUUUGACUUUAGUGACACAACAAAGCAGACUUUGGAUGGUAUGCUGCGGUCACUUGCUUCACAACUUUAUUGGGGUUCAGCUGGUUCCGCGUGCCUUCUUGACACGUUGUUCCAAGCACACGGAAAUGGCUAUAAACAACCUACCACGAAGGCGCUCGAGGAUAUUGUUUGUAAGAUGCUUACGGUUCAGAAGGUCGCAUGCAUCGUACUAGACGCCUUGGAUGAGUCGACGACAAGGGAUGAACUCCUAUCCUGGAUCAGAAACAUGGCGUCUAGGCCAGAAUUGGGGCACGUUCACAUGCUUUACACCAGUCGGCCCGAGUCGGAGUUUCUACACGAAAUUCCCACUUUGAUAGGGAAGGAACACUGCGUAUCACUCGAUAAGCAGGCCGUCAACGCCGACAUCCGGUCCUAUGUCACAUCACAACUUUUGCAACGACGUGAUUUCCGGGACAAACACUUGCCACAAGAUCUUCUGGAACAGAUCCGAACGAAGGUUGGGGACGGAUCGGACGGGAUGUUUAGAUGGGCGUUCUGUCAGUUAGACAGUCUCGCUAGAUGUCAUCACCAAGCAGCCAUUGAAAAGACGUUAGUAUCCUUGCCACGGAAUCUGGACGAGACAUACCGGCGCAUGAUCGAAAGCAUACCAAUAGAACUGAAGAGCGAUGCAAUCCGCCUCUUGCAGGUUCUUGUGCACUCUAAACGGCCACUUAAGCUAGCUGAGGCCAAAGAGGUAAUUGCAACGCAGACAGAAGGCGACUCGCAAGGGUUUGAUGUCAAUCGUCGUCUGUAUUCCGACGAAAACGUUCUUGCCUACUGUCCCGGGUUGGUGACGGUCGUCCGUGCUAGGGAUAAGGAGCUACAUCUUGCCCAUUUUUCCGUCAAAGAGUACCUUCUCGGAGAGAGUCAGUUCAAGAUUACGACCGCCAGCAUUCCAAUCGUGAGGAUGUGCUUGACUUAUCUUACGGACAUCAGCGGUUAUAGCCAUAGAAAAAUGAAGCGGGAUUUUCCAAUGGGAAAAUAUGCGGCGGAAGUCUGGACAGGCUACGCCGUGUUAGCUCAGUCUUCAGAGGACGUAGUUCGAGCGACAGUCGGGUUCCUAGAAAACGAAGCGACGUUCCAACUAUGGGCUCAUUUAUAUCAGUCUGAUAGACAUUGGGAGGAUGACCCAGGCCCUCCACGGGGUUCCAGGCUCUACUAUGCUUGCUUUGAUGGGCUUAUAGCGGCUGCACAAAAUCUUAUCGGCAACGGAGCAGACGUCAACGUGCAGGGCGGCGAAUAUGGCAACGCUCUCCAGGCCGCGUCAUUUAGAGGCCAUCACGAGAUUGUCAAACUUCUCUUGGACGUGGGAGCGGACGUCAAUGCGCAGGGCGGCGAACACGGCAACGCUCUCCAGAUCGCCUCAUCGGAAGGCCAUCAUGAGAUUGUCAAACUUCUCUUGAACAUGGGAGCUGACGUCAAUGCGCAGGGCGGCGAAUACGGCAACGCUCUCCAGGCUGCCUCCCAUGGGGGCCAUAAUAAGAUUGUCAAACUUCUCCUAGACGAGGGGGCGGGUGUCAAUGCGAAGAGCGGCAGAUACGGCAUCGCUCUCCGGCUCGCCUCAUUUAGAGGCCAUCAUGAGAUUGUCCAACUUCUCUUGGACAUGGGCGCAGACGUUAAUGCGCAGGGCGGCGAAUACGGUCACGCCCUCCAGGCCGCCUCCUAUGGUGGCCAUUACGAGAUUGUCCAACUUCUCUUGGACGUGGGAGCGGACGUCAAUGCGCAGGGCGGCGAACACGGCAACGCUCUCCAGAUCGCCUCAUCGGAAGGCCAUCAUGAGAUUGUCAAACUUCUCUUGGACAUGGGAGCAGACAUUAAUGCCCAAGACGGCAAAUGCAGCAACGCUCUCCAGGCCGCCUCAUCGGGGGGCUAUUACGAGAUUGUCAAACUUCUCUUAGACAUGGGAGCGGACGUCAACGCGAAUGACGGCAUAUAUGGCAUCGCCCUCCGGGUGGCCUCAUUUAGAGGCCAUCAUGAGAUCGUCAAACUUCUCUUAGAUGUGGGAGCGGACGUCAAUGCGCAGGAUGGCGAAUACGGCAACGCUCUCCAGGCUGCCUCAUAUGGGGGCCAUCAUGAGGUUGUCAAACUACUCUUAGACAUGGGAGCUGACGUUAAUGCGCAGGGCGGCGAAUACGGCAACGCUCUCCAGGCCGCCUUGGAGGGAGGCCAUCAUGAGAUUGUUAAACUUCUCUGGGACAAGGGAGCGGGCGUCAACGCGAAGGACAUAUGCAGCAACGCCCUCCAGGCUGCUUCAUUUAGGGGCUAUGGUGAGAUUGUCAAUCUUCUCUUAGACAUAGGAGCAGACGUCAAUGCGCAGGGCGGUGAAUACGGCAACGCUCUUCAGGCCGCCUCAUUUGGAGGCCAUUACGAGAUCGUUAAACUUCUCCUAGACAUGGGAGCGGACAUCAAUGCGCAGGGCGGCGAAUACGGCAACGCUCUCCAGGCCGCCUUGGAGGGAGGCCAUUAUGAGAUUGUCAAACUUCUCCUAGAUAUGGGAGCGGGCGUCAACGCGAAGGACAUAUACAGCAACGCCCUCCAGGCUGCCUCAUUUAGGGGCCAUGGUGAGAUUGUUAAACUUCUCUUAGGUAUGGGAGCAGAUGUUAAUGCGAAGAGCUACACAUACGGCAACGCUCUCCUGGUCGCCUUGGAUGAAGGCCAUCACGAGAUUGUUAAACUGCUUUUAGACAGGGGAGCGGACGUUAAUGCGCAGGACAGCAGAUAUGGUAACGCUCUCCAGAUCUCCUCGGAAGAAGGCCACGACGAGAUUGUCAAACUUCUCUUAGACAGGGGAGCGGACGUCAACACGCAGGGCGGCAGAUAUGGCAAUGCUCUUCAGGUCGCCUCAUUUAGAGGCCAUCAUGAGAUUGUCCAACUUCUCUUGGACAUGGGCGCAGACAUCAAUGCGCAGGGCGGCGAAUACGGUAACGCUCUUCAGGCUGCCUCAUUUGGAGGCCAUUAUGAGAUUGUCAAACUUCUCCUAGAUAUGGGAGCGGAUGUCAAUGCGCAGGGCGGCGAAUACGGCAACGCUCUCCAGGCCGCCUCGUUUGGAGGCCAUCAUGAGAUUGUCCAACUAAUCCAAACAAGGGGCGCCAUUACAUCGCCUUUAAGGCAGACCCGCUCUAGGGCUCUAAGUAACCCAUCGAAGGAACUUCCGCCUCAUCGACCUUGA